UCAAAAAUGGUAUUUUUAAGAAUGUCUUUCCUUUAUAUCAUUAUAAACAUAACUUAUUUACAGGAUGGACCACAUUCCUCGUCUAUCAGAGGUCCUGUAUGUUGGUCUGUGUUGUAAGAUAGGGACACCGACAGAAGUGGCCAUCCGAAGGGACGUGCUGGACAUGUAGGCGAUGAUAAAGAAAUCUAUUUCUAAUCAAAUAGGAUGUGUUAUGAUGAAGAGUGGGAGUUAUAGAGAGGGAUUUAGGUUGAAAUCAUCUGACAUAGAUAAAAUGUUCUGGUUGUGUAAUCAUAAAUUAAUAACUGACAUCUCCCAGUCUCGGCUUGAUAAUACAACAAAACAUGUCAUUGUGCUAAUGGAAAAUUCUGAUACACCACCAGGAUUUGUCAGAUUACGCCUCCUCACACCAACACGACACGUAAUACCGACAUCUUGUCUUGUUCUCUGUUAUGACUGUGCUUAUAUAUCUAGUCGUCUGUGGAGAGAAAUACAUUUUCAGCUGCAGCAUAAGGCGUAUACCAAAAAUGAAACUUUAAGAAUCCAUGGUCCUUGUGGUAGUGGAUUCCAUGGACCAAUAGAAUUCGAUGAUACUGCAUGCUUAGCCUCUAUUCCUUGGCCCAAACUAGUAGGAAGUUGGGUUGACAGAUGCCAGAGAUACACCUGGCCAACUGCAUCUGUGUUACAAAAAAUCUUAAAAAGUGAAUGUCACUGUGUGCCUAUUGGUAGUAAAGUUGAUACGAUUUAUAACGAAUUGGAAUGGAGGUUAUCAUUCUCACAAGCCGAGCAACAACUAGUGUGUACCAUGAAUCAUACACAAUUUCUAUGUUACGGACUCCUGAAAAUAUUUUUGAAGGAAGUUAUCAACUGCUGGGAGGAUGAGUUACUGUGUUCAUAUUACAUUAAAACCACAAUGUUCUGGAUGAUGCAAUCAGGACAAGUUAGAUGGUGCCCGAACAAAUUAUUGGAUUGCUUUUGGAGGUGUUUUAGAUAUCUUAUUCAUUGUGUUUAUCGUGGAGUUUUCCCAAUUUUUUUUAUUCCACAAAACAACAUGUUCAUAAACAAAGUAGUGGGAAUUACACGUGAUUCUCUUUUACAACAGCUUUAUCAGUAUUACAGAAUGGGUGUGUCCUGUCUACUGCUGAGUCCGACUCUCAGAUCACUCCUAGAACCAGCCUUCAGUAGUCCGUCCUAUGUGUUAUCUCCAUCUGAGGGAGAAUUCAUUGAUAUUACAGAUUUAGAUAUAUGUGGCAUGUUUGAAAUAUUUAGCACAAGUCUUCCUGCUCAAAAUAUAUGGGAAUCUUAUCUUUAUUUAAAAUUAAUGAACCCACUAUCUCGGUUAUCAAUCUCACCACACCAGUUAUUAACAUUACAAUACUGUAUUGCUGAGACACUUGUUCGUUUAGCCUUCAUGAUGGCAGACAGUACUUCAUGUUGCACGCACAAAACUAUCUAUAACUUAGAUACAACAAUUCGUGGCAUGUUGAAAAUGGCAGCAAGACUAGGUUCUGUGUCUUAUUUACUUUAUCUGGCAUUGUAUUACUAUAGAACAGGGAGAUAUGAUAAAACACUUCAUAUCACUUUUAUAGCAAAACAAAGACUAUCACAAUCCUUUAUUAUGUAUAAUGCAAAUGUUGAUAGGCAGAGGCACAAUGAUGAUGUAGGUAAUAUUCCUUUGUCUCGACGAAUGAAUAUAGUUUGGGUGGAUGAUGUUCGUUUAUUUGGAAAUAUCCCCUGUAUUGAAGAAAUAAGUUUAGAACAACACGUGAGUCAACAAAAUGUAGAUACACUCUUAAAUGUAUCACCGUUUAUAAUUGUAGAGAUCUUGUCAGUGUUAUCUCACUAUAGAGUGGGUAAUAGAUCUCAGUGUUUACAGUCACUGACAGACCUACAGACACUGCUGCUCUAUGAUGAUGGGAGAUACGUUCCUUUAUUCACCAGAGACAUAUCCUGGCAGAUACUAGGAAUCUGUCAACAUGUUGUGGGAGACUUACACGGGGCAUUAAGGUCUUAUGAAGAGUCGCUCAGACAGGAUCCAUAUCACAGAAUAAAAGAAGCUACAGAUUAUAGAAUAAAAUGUGUUAAACAACAAUUACAGAGAAAUGUGUACAAGUAAAAAUAAUAUGUUUCUCAAUGUUUCUGUCAUAAUUUAAUGAGUUGAAGGUCA